GCACGUCACAGUGGUAUUGGAUAUUGAAGGACCUUAAGGCUUCUUCAAAGUAUUGUGAAGACGUUUGGUCAUAAGAUUCAUUUCUCAUGACAGGGAUUCGUUCAUUUUUAUAUUAGUUCUGCUUAUUUUAUUACCACUAUUGCCUUUUUAUACGAUAUCAAGUGUUAUUUUGUACGAUAAACGAUGGCCAAAGAUUUGUUCGCAGUUUUACGACAGAAUAAUGAACUACCAAAUCUCCCACCAGCAGAAGAAGAAGCCAUCAAAAUAGAUGGUGAUUCCCAAAUGGAUCUUUUCUUCAAUGAAGUUGAGUGGAUUCGAAAAGAAAUUGAAAAGAUUCGGAUAGAAAUAAGUCAGGUCAAAACGAAACACGGUGAAAUUUUGUCAGCACUUCAACAAAAUCCAAAAACCAAAGCACAGCUAGAAGAAUUAAAUGAGAAUAUUAAAUGUUCAACUAAAAAAAUUCAAGCUAAACUACAAUCAUUGGGACAAACAAUCGAAAAACAAGAAGCUACCAAUGCUGCAUCAGCUGAUUUACGUAUUCGUAAAACUCAGCAUGCUGCAAACAUUCACUUAUUCAUGGAUGUUAUGCACGAUUAUAAUAGAACACAAACUGAUUUUCGCGAUGCUAACAAAGCUCGUAUCAAACGACAAUUGGAAAUAGCUCAACGGUCAGUUACGGAUGAUGAAUUGGAAAAUAUGCUUGAAUCUGGAAAUGCACAGAUUUUUACCCAAGGAAUUAUAACAGAUACACAACAAGCUCGUCAAAAUCUAGCCGAUAUUGAAGCGCGUCAUGAAGAUAUCAUGAAAUUAGAAAAGAGUAUUCGAGAAUUGCAUGAUUUAUUUGUCGAUAUGGCUGCAUUGAUUGAAACACAAGGCGAACUUGUUGAUCGAAUCGAUAUUAAUGUUAAACAAACACAAGAUUAUGUCGCUGAAGCUCGACAGGAGACUAAAAAAGCUGUUAUAUACAAGAAAAAAUCUCGAAAAAAAAAAUUCAUCAUCAUUGGAGUUUGUUGUGCUAUUGUAGUAAUCAUAAUAAUAAUUGUUAUUGCCACAGUUGUACCUAAAAAAUAAUAAAACACUAUCGAUUCCUUCAAACAAUAUCUUGUCAACUGUGAAUUCUCAAUCCUUAUAGAUUUUUAUUUAUUUCAUUAUUAAUAUCUUGAUAAUUGUAAAAUUUUUUUUCGAAUUUGCUCAAUUAUACUUGUAUAAUUUGUAUUUUCUAAAUUAAAGUGUUUUUACUUUUUACACAUGUAAUUUUGAAUAAUUUUAUCGCUUUUUUUUCUUUUUUUAAUCUAUAUUCACAUUACAUAUCCUACAAAAAAGUUCAAUUUUCUUUUUGCGUUGUAAUAUCUCAAAAUUAAUAUAAUAAAAAAAACUCAACAAUUAUAUAUGUAAUUCAUUUGUCUUUUUUUUUCAAAUACAACUAUUUUUUAUUAUUUAAUUUGGCCUAUUGCACACAUUUUUUAUUCUAAAUUAAUAAUGAAUACAGAUUUUAAUCAGUUAGUAUUAAUUGAUCUCUUUAAUGUUGUAUAAUGUCAUUGAGGCCUGAAUUACAUAACACAAUUUCAAUCCUUUUUCAUAACAAACUACAGAUUAGGGAUAUUUCUUUUCUUAAAAAGUAAAAAGAUUAAAAUCGAUUAUUUUAAUCUCUAAAGCAAUGGCAUUAGUCUAACAGAACAAACUGUUGUUAAUCUAUUGAUUUUGUUUUAAAGUAGCAGUGCUUAAUUAUGAAUUGUAUGUAAACAAACCUACAGAAAUUGAUUUCAUUUUUAUUAGUAUCCUCUAAAUCCUAACAAUACGAUUACGCGAAUAUGAACAAAUCGAUUCUUGUUAAUUAAUUCACUGAGCAGACGGAUUUUUUUGGUUUGGUGAAU